GGUGGCCAUGCAGUGUCUGGGAUUUCAGUGGUGGAGAUGUUGUGUUCGGGGAGGGUCGACUUUGAGCUGACAUUGAGAGUGACGGUGUGUGCUUCAUGUAACAUCUCUGGACGCUCACGGUAGAGGAGCUGCUCCUGUCUCUGGCUCUUUCCCCUGUCCUUCAGCACCACACAACUGGACAGCACCAGACCACCAGACCCUCACUCACCUUUCCCCUCAGGAUAGCUGUUUGUCUCACUUGACUUUAUGGAAACAUUUUGCACUGGUUUGAACAAGUAAAAUUCCAAGAGUUGGAAUUUGUGAGGAACCCACGGAUACGCACCGCCGCAACCAAACUGGCAGGAAAACUGUUCCGGUGUCAGUGUCAAGCUUCAUUGGCGUUUUUUGACUCUAAUCGUUGGUUAAUCGAACCGCGAAGCUGCUGUCUACGUGGACCGGUGCUGAACUCUUCCGUCCGACCGCCAGGACCAAACCCAGAGACAUGGCCACGAACGGCACCAAAGCCUCCGAUGGACACGUGCUAACAGAGGUCAACGAAGCGUCCACCGCCAAUGAUAAACCAAAAACUCUGGUGGUCAAAGUUCAAAAGAAAAAUGACAUUCCUGACAGAGAAACGUGGCAGGGGAAAUUUGACUUUCUUCUGUCAUGUGUUGGCUAUGCCAUUGGACUUGGCAAUGUCUGGAGAUUUCCUUAUCUAUGCGGAAAAAACGGAGGAGGGGCGUUCUUGAUUCCCUACUUUUUGACCCUCAUAUUUGCUGGGGUCCCGUUGUUUCUUCUGGAAACGUCUCUCGGUCAGUACACGUCCAUCGGGGGUCUUGGAGUGUGGAAACUGGCCCCUAUGUUUAAAGGUGUUGGCCUGGCAGCAGCAGUCCUGUCUUUCUGGCUCAACAUUUACUACAUAGUCAUAAUUGCAUGGGCAAUUUACUAUCUGUAUAACUCAUUCACCACAGAGCUCCCCUGGAAAACUUGUGAUAACCCUUGGAAUACAGAAAAAUGUUUCUCAAACUACAGCCAGGGGAACACCAUCAACAUGACGAGCGCCGUCGUGGAGUUCUGGGAACGGAAUAUGCAUCAGAUGACUGAUGGUUUGGAGAAGCCGGGAGAGAUCAGACUGCCACUAGCAAUAACACUGGCCAUCGCCUGGGUCCUGGUCUAUUUUUGUAUCUGGAAGGGCGUAGGCUGGACUGGAAAGGUGGUAUAUUUCUCAGCGACGUACCCGUAUUUCAUGCUGUUUAUCCUGUUCAUCCGUGGAGUGACGCUGCCUGGAGCGAAAGAGGGCAUUUUGUUCUACAUCACGCCCGAGUUCAGCAAGCUGAAAGAAUCCGAGGUGUGGUUGGACGCUGCCACUCAGAUCUUCUUCUCGUACGGCCUGGGUUUGGGCUCUCUCAUCGCCCUCGGGAGCUACAACCCGUUCAACAACAAUGUUUACAAAGAUUCUAUCAUCGUCUGCUGCAUCAAUUCCUUCACCAGUAUGUUCGCUGGAUUCGUGAUUUUCUCCAUCGUAGGUUUCAUGGCUCACAUCACACAGCGGCCCAUAGCAGACGUGGCUGCGUCAGGGCCGGGUCUGGCGUUCCUGGCCUAUCCGGAGGCCGUCACACAGUUACCCAUCUCACCACUCUGGGCUAUUCUAUUCUUCUCCAUGUUGCUCAUGCUUGGCAUUGACAGUCAGUUCUGUACGGUGGAGGGCUUCAUCACGGCUCUUGUGGACGAGUUUCCCCGUGUGUUACGAGGAAGACGAGAGAUCUUCAUCGCUGCCGUCUGCCUGGUGUCGUAUCUGAUCGGCCUGUCAAACAUCACACAGGGUGGUCUCUACGUGUUCAAACUGUUCGACUACUAUUCUGCCAGUGGAAUGUGUUUGCUGUUCCUGGUAUUCUUUGAAUGCGUCUCCAUAUCCUGGUUCUAUGGUGUCAAUAAAUUCUACGGCAAUAUUGAGGAGAUGAUUGGCUACCAGCCCUGCAUUUGGUGGAAGCUGUGCUGGGUCUUUUUCACUCCUUUGAUUGUGGGGGGUGUGUUCAUCUUCAGCGCGGUUCAGAUGGUCCCGCUCAAACUCAACAAUUACGUGUUCCCGAAGUGGGGGCAAGGCGUGGGCUGGUGCAUGGCCCUGUCAUCCAUGGUUCUUAUCCCGGGAUACAUGGGCUACAUGUUCCUCACCCUGAAGGGCACAUAUAAAGAGCGACUUCGGAUAAUGAUCCAGCCCACAGCAUUGGUUCGGACUCAAGAGAACGGACCCGAACAACAACCGGAAAACCCCAUCCCAGCCAACGACGAGGCCUACAUCUAACCACCAUCCUCCCGCUUCACCCGAAUUAUCAAAGGUCAGCGUUCAGAGAGAGAAUUAAAGAGUCGAUCACAACCAAGGACUUCCAUGUCUAAAGUAUAUUCACCUACCUCCGAGGGAACACCAACCUGAUUACAGUUAAAUUUUUUUGGUACAUAUAUAUAUAUAUAUACGUAUGGUCUAAAAAAUCUAUCCGGCAAUGUUCUAUGGUUAAUCUGUAUUUCAUAUGCAAGAUAUUAGUCUUUCUAGAAAACAAAACAAAGGGUCACAGUGUAAGCAUAGGAUAUAAAUGAUAAUUCAAGAUUUGGCAUCCCAAUGUAAUUCCAACAGCACAGUGUUAAUUUGAUAUUACAUGUAAUUAAUGUAUUAAAAUGCAGUUGUAGGUUAGAAUCGAAUUGUAUCUGAUUGUAUCUGAAAAAAAAAAUAUAUAUAUAUAUAUAUACUAUAUCUAUAUAGCUAUAUAAAAGAAGAGAGUAAGAAUAUGGGAGUGUGCAACGGGCCGAGACUGAACCUUGGACGUCAAGGUUAAAUAGCCAGGAUACACUUUUCAAGACUUUACAGUUUCAAACACAGCCCUUUUCUCCCGUUUACCCCUCGGGCGAAACCCUGACAAGCACAAGACCAGUAUGGAUUUGGGUUUACAAACGCCCCGGGCCGUCAUGCAUUACCAGCCGCGGGGGCAAAUUGACGUCAAAAAAGACUGUUACUAUUUUUUUUUUCUUUUUUUUCUAAGACAAAAAAUAACUUUGUAUGUGUUUUUUAGAAUCAUUUUAGUACAUGUUUUCUAUGUGAGAGUAAGAAGGACCAAAUUCAUGUUUAUGCUACUGACAGAUCUGAAAAACUGUUUUGCGUCGCGCCGUAUCACUGCACAGGGUCCGAAAAAAAAACGUUUUUGGGGCAGACGUACCCCGCCAAACCACUGUUAAUCCUGCUCACCACAUUUGCGUGCCACUCCUCAGGAAAAAAAUGGCGAAAGUGACCAAAAUUUGCUCUCCUGGAUCGAAAACGAUUAUAGCUGUGAGCAGCCUUCAGCAAAUAAUCAGUCCUGAGCAGAAGCUAUAGUCUGUUGCCAUGGUUUCUAGGGUCAUUUUUUUCAGACAUCGUUGAAAACCAGCACUAUGUGUCAAAAACAGACAAAGCCGUCGUUCGAAUGAGGAAAAUGUAAAGGAAAAUUAUGUUCUUUUUAAAUCUACAGACUAGUUAGGCAAUAAAACAUUUACAUGAAGUAAUAUAAAGGCAUAUACGUGUGUGUUUGUGUGUGUGUGUGGGUGUGUGUGAGACAGACAGAGAGAAGUGGGUGUUUUAUUUCCACUGUUUUAUUUUGAAAUGCCACUGGUGAAAAGCACAAAGCUUUAAGUUCACAAGCCACAAAGGUAUCUGAAAACAAACACUGUAAGUUUGCUUCUAAGGCAGCUACAUGUGACAGAGAUCUGGAUUAAUUAUUCGAUUUAUUCUCUGCAAGACGUCUGAUGAAAAUGUGCAAUCAAUAAGAGAUUUUUUUUUUUUUUUUUUUUGUGAAAUUGUAUACAUUUACCAUUCAUCAGAUUUCUCUCUGAAACAAUGUUGUAAAACUGUACCGUGUAAAAGUACCUGUGGAUGUCCGUUUUGAGGUUUUUGUCUUGUUGAAGAACCUUAUAUUAUUUGCUGUUUACUGCAAUAAUGCAUCGAUCUCAGAAACUAAAGCACAUAUCUUUAUGAAAUGUAAAAAAGAAUAGUAAUAACAAAUGAAUAACAAUGAUGGAAGAUUAUAAGAGAAUAGAUAAUAUGUCUAGUCGAACAAAAUAUUGUUUUGUAUAUUUCUAACUGUUUGGGCCUAAUGUAAAAUAUUCUAUGUAAAGAAAAAAAAAUAUAUAUAUAUAUAUAAUAAAUGUCUUUAGAUGGUGUUAUAUAAAAGCAUGAUUGCCAUAUGUUAUCUGAUUUAAAAAAAACAAAUAAAGUAUUAUAGAUUAUAGAGAA